UGUCAUAGUUAUGUCAAACUGUUAAAUAAUCGAAUUCAAGUAGACUUUAAAUUCAAUGCAAAUGAAAAAUUAGUUAAGUGAUUUGUCAAAUAAUUUAAGUUAUACAAGAUGGUUAGAUUAACAACCGCCCUUUUCCGUGUACCGGUCAUAAAAUUCCGAAAGGGUGGAGGUUCUCAAGCUGGACGGCCUCCGUCUGCUCCUGCAGCUGCACCAGCGUCGGCGGCACCCACCGCAGCUCCCGCCCCCGUGCAAACGCAACAAACGGUUACUAUGAGUACCAUAUCUGAUGUGGACUUACCACCGCGCUACCGCAGGGCACCGCUGACCCAAGAAGAGAUUGACCACAUCAAUGGCGGAGGAAUUGUAUAGUCCCUCCAGUUACACUUCCUAGCUUUGAUAAUAAGAAGAAAAAGGUUCACCUACCAUGAAUGUCGGACCUGGUACUCUUGUAUUUAACAUGCCCAAAAAAGUAGUACUGCACUGUCAAAAGCCAACUAGAAAAUUAAUCAAACCUCCUCCAUGUGGAGG